AUGGCGGCCACAGGAACGGCCGCUGCGCUGCGGCAGCAGUUUUCGAUCCCCCUCAUCGCCUCGUACAUUAUCGACUGGAUUCUUCUCGCCGCGCUUGCGAUCGGCUCCUACGUGCUCGGCAACAUCAAGCCGAAUUUUCGCAACUUUUCGCUGGCCGAUCCCAACAUUGCCUUCCCUUUCGCCGAACGCGAAACCUUUUCCAACAUGCUUCUCUUUGUCUGCUGCGGCGUCAUCCCCGUCAUCGUCGUCCUUGUCGUCACCCUCAUCCUCGUCCCCGGUGGCACCGUGCCGAAGGGCACCCCCGCGCUGCUCGUCUGGAAGCGCAAGCUCUGGGAGCUGCAGAUCUCCUGGCUCGGCCUGCUUAUGGCCGUCGGCUCGGCCUGGUUUUUCGUCAGCGGUCUGAAGAACAUGUGCGGCAAGCCGCGUCCCGACAUGCUGUCGCGAUGCCUGCCAAACAUGACCAACGCCGACAAGUACAUCGUCGGCGGGUACCAGAUCCAAGGCGCCAACGGCCACCUCUACUCGGCCGCGAUCUGCACCCAGACGGACCAGGCUAAGCUCUGGGACGGCUUCCGCAGCUACCCUAGCGGCCACGCCGCUGCCUCCGCUGGCGGCCUGCUCUACCUGUCGCUAUUCUUGGCUAGCAAGUUCGCCGUCACCCUUCCUUGGAUCAUGGCCGGAUCUAGCGAGAACGUCGCCACGCAAUCCGCGUUUCCCUCUCGCCACGGACGGCCCGACGGGCCUCCGCAGAACGGUUACGAGGACGGUAACGAAUCCAGCUGGCCGCUCAGCGCAAAGAAUGGUCCCAGCGCCAAGCUCCAUGGCGCACGCACGCGAGCCGCUGCCCCUCCCGUGUUCCUCCUCGUCAUCACCCUAGUUCCGUUCUGCCUCGCGAUGGUCAUUUCCGCGUCGCGCUGGUUCAACUACCGCCACCACGGCUUUGACAUUCUCUUUGGCUUCUUCAUUGGCACCAUCUGCGCCAUCUACAGCUUCCGCUACUACCACAUGCCGAUCCAGGACGGUGCCGGCUGGGCCUGGGGUCCGCGAAACCCUGCACGCGCGUUCUGGGCCGGCGUUGGCAAUGUCGGUUACGGUACUCCCGGUGCGGACCGUGGUGCCGAGACUGCUGAUAUGGAGGCGUAUCCUCAGACUGCAGUCUCCCGGGGCCCUAAUCAACGCACCGGUCCUCAUCCUGAGGCAAACACACAAUACAAUGGACAGUACGGUGCCGGCUUUGAAGAUGUCGAGUUGCAGAGACUGAACCAGGGCGAGAAUCGAGUGUAG